AUGUCAAAUUCUAAACCUGCCUAUCCAGCGGCAGUAACUUUCCCUUCUCUCCUCGACUACAAAAUGGACUGGAAUGAAGACGCAAAUGAUCACAGCCACAUGCAUGACAGCUGUCACCAUGGGCAUCAAGGCCAUUCUCACAGUCAUGGGCCAAGACCGGCAGGAUUUGGAGGGAUGGUGAAUCCAUUCAUGCCGGGUUUUUACGGACAGUUUGGCAAAAAUGCAGAUCUGACUGACAUCAGGGAGCAACCAAAGAAACGGUCACACAUGGAUGAUAGCAGCAGUUGGGACAUAGUGAAGGCAUCACAGUUUGGAAUCCUGGAGCGCUGUAAGGAGCUGGUGGAAGCUGGAUAUGACGUCAGGCAGCCAGACAAAGAGAACGUCACUCUGCUGCACUGGGCUGCUAUCAACAACCGCUUAGAGCUGGUCAAGUAUUAUAUUUCCAAAGGGGCAAUAGUAGACCAGCUUGGCGGAGACCUGAACUCUACUCCACUUCAUUGGGCCAUAAGGCAGGGCCACCUCCCCAUGGUAAUCCAGCUAAUGAGAUAUGGAGCAGACCCCUCUGUUGCAGAUGGAGAGGGCUACAAGGCUCUCCACCUUGCUAUUCUCUUCCAACACAUGGCAAUAGCAGCUUAUCUUAUAGCUAAGGGACAGGAAGUUGACGGGCCUGACUGCAAUGGACAGACGCCGCUAAUGUUAGCAGCACAGAAGAUUAUCGGGCCUGAACCAACAAACUUUUUAAUCAAAAAUAAUGCCUCCGUGAGCGCUGUGGACAAAGUCAACAGGAACACUCCACUGCACUGUGCCGUGCUGGCAGGAAAUGUAGAUGCUGCCCACAUUCUGCUGGAGGCUGGGGCCAGUGUGGAAGCAGAAAACAUUAACGGUCACACACCCAUCGACUUGGCUCACCAAGUGCACAGCCCGUUGCUCAUGCACAUGCUCAAUCAGGUCAAACGGGAGAGGCUUCGCUCCAACUCUCGCUGUCUGCGAGUCGUGAACAGAUACAGGGUGUUUCUGCAGUUUUUACUCUGCACGGCUUUGUUUGGAGGUGUUGGUGCAAUAGUGGAUAUGAACUCAGAAUCCUGGUUACUCAAAGGGAUCCUGUUGGCCUGUGUGAUAGGUGUGAUUAAUCUGGCUACAAGGAAUUUCCCAGGCCCAGACUUUCAGUCCAACCUACAAGCUUCAAGUCUCAUGGCUUCAAUCUUUUGGAUGCUUGUCACCUGGUGCCUCUGGUUUAUGCCAGAUCAGCCUAGUGCCACAGUACAGGUACUGUUCACUCUGAAUGCCACUGCUUUACUCUACUACUACCUCCGCACCUGCAGGACGGACCCCGGCUUCAUCAGAGCAACUGAAGAGGAGAAGAAAAUGAAUGUGUUGGUGUUGGCUGAAGCCGGCUGUCUGGACCCCAGGAUAUUGUGCACCUCUUGUAUGAUAAAGAAGCCAAUGAGAGCCAAUCACUGCUUCAGCUGCGAUGCCUGUGUGGCCAAGCAGGACCACCACUCCAUCUGGACCAACAGCUGCAUUGGUGCGAGGAACCAUCACUACUUCAUCCUCUUUCUGUUCUCCCUCGCGCUGAUGGGAGCCUGGAUGUUGUACGGCUGUGUCAUGUACUGGUCCGCUCAUUGCUUGCUGCGUUACGAGGAGCAGGGCCUGUGGGGUACCUUCUCUGGUCUGGUAGGGUGCUCUCCCUGGCUGCUCUGCAUCUUCGUCCUGGUCGUCUAUCAUACAAGUUGGUCUACUUUGACCCUGCUGCUGCAGCUCUACCAGAUUGCAUUCCUGGGACUGACGACAGUAGAGCGAACAAAUCUAACACAUCGCCAGAGGAAACUCCGGCAACCUGUCUCUCUGAGACAAAAUCCAUUCAAUUUGGGCGUAGUGAAGAACCUGGUGUCGUUCUUCCAGCUCCGCUGUUGUGGACUCUUCAAACCGGUCAUCAUUGACUGGACGCAGCAGUUCCAACCUGGCCACCAGCAUGUGUUCGGACACACCGACAUGGUCUGACCUCCUCCCUCCUCCACGCUCAGGGUCAAGGGUCAGAAUCUGGACCAAAAGCACAGACAUUUAUUUAUUGUUUUUUAAUGUGGUGGCUCCUUGUGGAAAGAGACUGCAAUACUCAGAAUUGGGAAAACACAAAGAAACAUGUAGAUAUUUGAUUCAGUUGCUGUUUGUACAGACUGCUGCUGCCUUAUACUUGACCAGUGUAAGUAAAGGGAAAAUAACAGAACCUUUAGAGGCCUACCUGUGAUGGAGGUUUUGUCCUGUUUUUAUGAACACAUUAAAACUAUUUUUACUAUCUGUUCAGAAAAAAAGAAUUAGACUUUGUAUGUGUGGAAAAUUUGGUUUUAUGACUUUUGUAAAAAUUGCAUGCAUUUAAUACAAAUGACCACUAUAAAACUUCAAUAAAACAAUGUU